AUGUUACGCGAGACUUCAUUAAAGAAAAAAUUCCAAAAAUUCACAACAAUCAACAUUUUAAUUUUGAAGUUUGUUGUGCAGUAAAAAAUCUUCAUAAAAAGUGAUCUGCUGUCUUGUAAACCUUGUAAAAAUGGCCAACAUUUCGAUGCAGGACAUUGAAGCGGUGGACGACUAUUGGGGGCCGACGUUUCGUACGAUUUUGGAAGGAAAUUCGCACGACCAAAUUUCCGAACAGCUCGAGUCGCGCAUUCGGUCCCACGACAAGGACAUUGAACGGAUCUGUAAUCUGUACUACCAGGGCUUCAUCGAUUCUAUCCGGGAGCUACUGCUGGUGAAAUCGCAAGCGCAGAGUUUGAACCAGGAGGUGCAAGCCCUGGACGAUGGCCUGGCGAAAGCUUCGGCCGGGGUGAUUGCCAAAGGUAACGAUUUGGUCAAGGCCCGGAAGGUGGAGGGAAACAUUGCCGGCGCAAUCGAGGGACUGUCCAGCUGCUUGCCGGUGCUGGAGUGCUACUCGAAGCUGUUGAAACAGGUGCGAGAGAAGCGGUACUACCCGGCGCUGAAGACGUUGGAGGUGCUGGAAAAUGAAUACUUGCCGAAGGUGUCCGGGUACCGAUUUUCGCAGCAAAUGCGGGAGACCAUUCCGAAGUUGAAGGAGAAUAUUAAAAAGUCGUCGGAGGAGGAUUUUCGGGAAUUUUUGGAGAAUAUUCGCAAGUUUUCGCCACGGAUCGGUGAGAUCGCAAUGAAGCAUACGAAGGAGCUGCAGAAGCGAGAUUUGGACACGAUCAUUGCAGAAUACAAACAGAUGUCGCUGAAUGGGGAGUGCGUUGAUGACGAGGAAGAUGUAAACGCCCAGGAUCUAAUUGAUUUUUCUCCUAUAUAUCGCUGUUUGCACAUUUAUACGGUGCUGAAUGAUAAGGAGUAUUUCGAGAAGGACUAUCGAAAACAGAGGAGAGAUCAGGCUAAAUUGGUGCUGCAGGCACCGCAAACCAUGCAUGACAAUUUAGAAGCUUAUAAGACGUACAUUUAUUCAAUAGUAGGAUUUUUCGUAGUAGAAGACCACGUUAUGAACACUGGCGGAGAGAUUGUAACACAAACAUAUCUGGACGAUUUGUGGUCUUCGUCUUUGACCAGAGCCGUGAACGUUUUGAGCAUGUCAUCGUCGUCCUGCACGGACCCUAACAUUCUACUUCGAAUCAAAAACCUAAUUAUGCUUAGCAUUACAACCUUGAAGAACUAUGGAUACACUGUUUCGCAGCUCUGGGACUUGCUGCUGGAAAUGCGGGAUCACUACAACGAAGUCUUACUCCAACGGUGGGUCAACGAGUUUCGAGACAUUUUGGACAAGAGUGAUUUCUUACCGCUGGAAGCACUCACACAGGAAGAAUACGAUGCAGUUUUGGAACGAUUUCCUUUCCAUUCGGAACAGCUGGAGGCCCAACCGUUUCCGAAAAAGUUUCCAUUCUCGCGUAUGGUUCCAGAGGUGUACCACCAAGCAAUGGAAUUUAUGUACGCUUGCAUGAAGUUCUCUGAGGAGCUUACCCUUUCUCCGAACGAGAUUGCUGCCAUGGUUCGAAAGGCGGCCAAUUUGUUGCUCACGCGCAGCUUUAGCGGAUGUUUGUCGGCUGUGUUCCGCAGUCCCAGUUUGGCGCUGAUGCAGGUCAUUCAGAUCAUUAUCGAUACUCAGUAUCUGGAGAAGGCAGGGCCGUUCUUGGAUAGUUUCGUGUGCAAAAUGACCGGAACCAGUCAAAAUGUGACGCAAACACCGUCGGCGAUGUUUCAGGUGGCCCGCUCGGAAGCCGAACAGCAAGUGUCGACCAAGCUAUGUUCCAAACUGGAUGAAUUUUUCGAAGAGCUUGAAGGAUACGAUUGGCUGCUGCCGGAAAGCUACGGCCAUGCGUCGCCAUUCGUGACGGAUAUGAUUGCCUUUCUGCAGAGUACAUUUCAAAGCUUUUCCUACAUCUUACCGGGUGUUGCGCAGGCCGCCUGUCGAAAAGCUUGCGAGCACGUUGCCACACGGAUCUACAAGUUGAUCCUGUCGGAGGAAAUCAAACAGAUUUCUGGCGGAGCUCUGGAUCAAAUAAACCUGGACCUAAUGCAGUUCGAGUUGUUUGCCGCGUCGGAUCCGGUACCCGGCCUGCGAGAAGGAGACCUAUCGAAAUAUUUUGCGGAGAUCAGACAACUGCUGGACUUGUUGAUUUCGGAGGAUUGGAGCGCAUAUCUUCACGAUUUUGGCAAAGAUGAAAACCGAUACUCUUUGGUGCAUCCAUCAACGAUUAUUGUGGUGCUGGAAAAGCUGAGGGAAGCGGACAAAAAGUCAAUGCUUUCGUUGAUGAAAUCCAAGUCGGAAAGAGACAAAAAGAAACUUCUGGAAACGGUUCUACGCCAGCUAAAGCAAUUAGCUGAGAGACAGAACUGAAAAGUUUUGGAUUCAACUUCCAACAUUGAUUAGUAUUAGACGAACGAUUAUUUAUUAGAAAUGUAAUUCCGAUCAUAAUAAAGAAACCAUAAUCUACGAAUCAA